AGUCGCAAGUAGGCAAGUAGCAAACCAGAUCCAACGUGUCAGCAAAAGAAAGAAAGUAAGACGUCCGAAAAAAUACGCGCAUCCAAACGCGCCUCUCCUAUUGGCUUCCGAUCUUGCUAUCCCACGCCAACUGCUCUCUCAAUCCCAGUUUAAGAAAAUUCCAAAUUUCUUCUCAUUCUUCUCUCUGAGGUGAUGUGAGGAUCAUCGACAUUGCACUUCUUCUUCGCCUCUCAAUUCACUUCCAUUUCUUUGAUGCAUACUUCUCUCUCCAACUCCUCAAAUUCCUCUCCAAUUCGAUCUUUUCCACUUCUCCUGCUCCGGGCGUUUUUAGGAAUUUCUCGGAUUUCCUCGCGGUCGUCGUCGUCGUAAUUGGGUUUCGAAGGACUUGUGACUUAGGAUGCCAUGGAUGUUCAUGGCCAAAAGCAAUAUAUAAUGUGAAGGGUCCAAAGUUGGUACAAUUUAUGCACAGAAAAGUAGUGGUAUGGGCAUGCCCCCCACACCAAAAAUUAUUACAAUUUGAUGGUAUGUGCGCUUGGAACUGGGAGAAUGGCAGUCAUGGCCAGGUUUCUGGCAGCUGGACGUAUCCCACAGACUAUUUCAGGUUUUCCACCUUUCAUUUUUCUGACUUUUCCUGGCUUGGCAGAGGAUGUUGGUCGCCAUAAGUUAGCUGCUCAAUAUAUUUGCACAGAACUAAAGGAGGCAGAUGAAGCAAAUUUGAUUGAUGAAGAAGAUAUGCAUGUAUUUGGCUUGAGGCCAAUGACAGAUCCUUUACAUUUGGUUUGUUGCAAUUCUUGUAAGAAGCCUAUAAAGGUCAGCCAAUAUGUUGCUCAUGCAGAGAUCUGCAAGUCAUUAAAUUCUGUGGAUGAAAUUAUUCCAGAGCUUGAUGGCGGCACAAGGCAGAAGAAACCCCCAAGGAAACAGAGGAGAAAGUCACUCAACACGUAUUCAAACCAAGCUGUGGCUGUCAGGGAGAAUGAAAAGCCACAAUCAUUUGGUGAUGCCUAUUUUUCUGCAUUAGAUUCCAAUAUGGAGGAGAAGGUUCCCUCAACUAUCCUUGCUGAAGCAAAAAGAAGUUCACCGCACUUGGAUGGAGCUGUUCUGACAGAUGGUUCUGCUGUCAGUACUGCAACUAUAGAUUGCAUAAAAGGUGCAAAAUCACGUCAAACAAAACGAUCCAAGAUGCCAGCCACUGGGAGUGCACAGCUAUUGGAUAAUUUUGAAGCAGCAAGUGUUGUAACUUAUGGUCUUUGUAGUACCACUACACUAGAGACAAUUCCUUGUGAAGAGGCAAGGUCCGGUACAAAAAAUGAGCAAAUUUGCAAUUGUGUUGUUGGGGUUCAAAUGCCUGCAAAAGCUCACGCUAUCACAGAUGUUCCACAUCCAGUUGCAACUAAAAUCUAUUAUUCUCUAAGAAAUCAGCGUCUUAGAUCAGCACUCAACCAUCUGUAUUUUGGGGCAUCAAGUAUGGAUAGCAGCAGUGACUGUGUUAGUUCUAAAGCAUUACAGAAAACUGAAUUGCCCUCACAAAAAUUAUGUCCCACCAACUUUCACAAAGGGCUACCUGAUAUCCAGCUGGAAAAGGAAAGCACCUAAGGAGUUGAAAAUUUUUUUGCAGUUGUACAGAAGUGAGAAUAUUUUUUAUUAGAUGAAGGAAGCGUAUGUGGCAUUUAUCUGCCUAGUUUUGUCAGUAGGAUGUACAUACAUAUUUUCUCUGUGCAGAAAAUACCCUGCAUGAUUGGGUGAUGGUACUGAAUUGCUGUCAUUUUUGCCUUUCGACAGAGACAUAAUGUACAAAGAACUGUCAACUUGCAGCUAUUUUGCGUCAUCCUUA